AUUAAUUUCAGAAAAAGGCUCAAAACAUAAAUCGUAAAAAUUAAAAAAGAAAAAAACCGCAAAUCAAAUAAUAAAACAGCGAACACACAAAUCAACAAAGCAACAAAAGUGAGCACAACAAAUCGCUUAAUUGUGUACGAGUACGUUCAGCGUGCAGCGCGUGUCUGCGGCCCACGGCGAAGCAGCUAUUGCUGUGAAUCCAAACAAAAAAAAUCACCAGGCGUUUAAAUCAUGAAAACCACAAAGCUAAUGAACUAGCUAUAUUUGGCAAGGAAUUGUGGAAUAUAGAAUAUUUUCGUACUAAUCUAGACACUUGACGCUUACAAAUAGAAGAACAAACAAAAAAACACGAGGCAAGAAUUUGGCUAACAUCAACUUUGAAGAGUUUGAACAAAUAAUUUUGUUGAAAAAAAUGUCGUCGGCGACGAUUGCUUUGGGUCAUAAAAAUCCAAGCCACACGACCAGCGGCACGACACAACAACAGCCGAAAAGCAACAGCAAUCAAAUAAAACCUACCAGCUGCAACAAAAAUAGUAACAACAUGAGCAACGCGAUCAGCAAUCAGCAGCUCCUUAGCAAUUCUACAACAAACCUGAGCGACUCAAGGUCCAAUCUAACCAACCCGGCGGCGGCGCCUACGCCCUGUCAACGUUUAAGUGAAAUGUUCCGUCGUUCGAUUGCCAGCAGCGUACAAUCAAGUUCGCGUGAAAAUACCUAUGAAGAGGAUCUGCUCUCGAAGAAGGACUUAUUGAAGGUACGAAAAGACAUUCCGUGGGCGUUGGCAAUAUUUCCGGAUUCAGAUAUCGAAUCUCACGGAAAGGUCACUAAGCGCCAACGAUUGGUGGAUGGUGGUACUCCGGAAAUGGCACUAGAAGCAUCCAAAGCGCACGUGGCCUGGUAUUUUAUGCAUCAAUUCAUGGUAUUUCAAGACGCAUUGGCAAAGGCUGCGAUCGAUAAAAUAGUCCACACCGAAGAACCUCCGAUAGGUGUUGCACGUCGAGGAAACCCAUAG